CUCAGGUGUGAGCCUGCCACCAAGCACUCAACGAUCUUCACCUGAUGGGGAUAAGAACUGUAUUGAGCCCAACUCAUCAGUCUUAAGUAUUGAUAGAAAUCAAUAUACCAAUGACAAAGGGAAAGUGCUUCCUCAUAAACUUAACGACUGCAGCAGCAAUCUGAAUGAAAAUAAGCAUGGUUUAUUCACUGGUGUCAAUAGAAAUAAUUCAUUACAAGAUUAUGAGGACAUACUGCCAUUUGAGGUUGAUCCAAAUUUUGUACAAAGUAAAGAAAAUAGAUUGAAAGAAGAUAUCAGUGAUGAAAAUGACUUAUCGAGACAAGAAAAUUUGAAUAAUUUACUCCAAACUUUACCAACAAUGUCACAUGGAAUGUUAGAAAGUGACAGUUCAUCAGUGGAUGACAACAUGGCCCCUGUACAAAAUAUUCAACUUAAGAGCUCUCUUAAGCAUCCAGCAAAGAGUUCUAAAUCCAGUCUUUCUAGUAACAAAUCUGAAACAUGUUCAGAUGCACAAGAAAAUAUUGCAUCAACUAUUAACCCUUCCCCCAGCAGUUCUACAUCUAAUACUCAAACAGGUAGUGGUGAAACUUCAAUGGAUUUAGAAAUAAGUAGGACCAUGUCUGAAACCUCUACUUCAAACCCGGGGAAACGUUCUUAUGUUAGAGCUGAUUCUGGAUCUCCGCCAUGUGUUCCCAGGAAGAAAGCAAAUCUUGAAACUAAAAGUUCCGAAAUGUCCAUUGAUGAUGAGUGGCCUGUCUUGGUGCCUUGUAAAACCUUUUCGACCCCAAGGAAAAAAGUCCAGACUUUCUUAAACCCAAAAAACGACUCUGAGAAGAAAAGCAACUUCAUAGAUUUGACUGAUGACAUGGAUGUCACAGAUUCAAUAACUGCAUGGUCCUCCCCCAACACUGACAGAAAGCCUGAUUUUGGAAAACUGCAGCAAGAAUUAAUGUCCAAACUCAAUGACCCUGGUCCAUCUGUGGUACAAACUUCUACGACGGCAGAUUACAACAGUGUUUCAGAAAACUCUUCUUCUCUCCAGAGUGCAC